AUGGACUCAAGCCAGAUGGAAAUGAGGAAUUUGACGUACGAAAUGAGGAAUUUGACGUAUGAAAUGAGGAAUUUGACGUACCAAAUAUGGAAUUUGACGUACGAAAUAUGGAAUUUGACGUGCGAAAUAUGGAAUUUGACGUACGAAAUGAGGGAUUUGACGUAUGAAAUGAGGAAUUUGACGUAUGAAAUAUGGAAUUUGACGUACGAAAUGAGGGAUUUGACGUAUGAAAUAUGGAAUUUGACGUACGAAAUGAGGAAUUUGACGUACGAAAUAUGGAAUUUGACGUACGAAAUAUGGAAUUUGACGUACGAAAUAUGGAAUUUGACGUACGAAAUAUGGAAUUUGACGUACGAAAUGAGGAAUUUGACGUACGAAAUAUGGAAUUUGACGUACGAAAUAUGGAAUUUGACGUACGAAAUAUGGAAUUUGACGUACGAAAUAUGGAAUUUGACGUACGAAAUAUGGAAUUUGACGUACGAAAUAUGGAAUUUGACGUACGAAAUGAGGGAUUUGACGUAUGAAAUGAGGAAUUUGACGUACGAAAUGAGGGAUUUGACGUAUGAAAUAGGAAUU